CUCAUUAGUCGCCGCGGCCGCCCGGUGUGUUUCCGCCGCAGUGACACGGACCGCCAUGCUCGCGUCCAACGCGAGCCUCGGCGGCUGCGCGGAGUUCAACAGCGCCCUGUGCGCCGGAGCCGGGGAAGGGCAGCCGGGGGGCGGUUCGCUCCGGACCACCCUCAGCCCGACGGGGCACCUGGUCGUGGCCGUGUGCCUCGGCUUCAUCGGAGCGUUCGGACUCCUCAGCAACCUGCUGGUGCUCGUCCUGUUCUGCCGCUACAAGAUGCUGCGCUCCCCCAUCAACCUGCUGCUGAUCAACAUCUCCGUCAGCGACCUGCUGGUGUGCGUGCUCGGGACUCCGUUCAGCUUUGCGGCCAGCACGCAGGGACGCUGGCUCAUCGGAGCGGAGGGAUGCGUGUGGUACGGCUUCGCCAACUCCCUCUGCGGAAUCGUGUCCCUGAUCUCCUUGGCUGUCCUCUCCUAUGAGCGCUACAACACCAUGAUAACCCCGACCGAGGCCGACUCCUCUAACUACCGCAAGACCUCCCUGGGCAUCCUUUUGUCCUGGGUCUACUCUCUCUUAUGGACCCUUCCACCGCUCUUUGGCUGGAGCCACUACGGUCCAGAGGGCCCCGGAACCACCUGCUCAGUCGACUGGACAGCAAAGACUGCGAAUAACAUGUCUUACAUCAUCUGCCUGUUUGUGUUCUGCCUCAUCGGACCUUUCCUGGUGAUCGUCUACUGCUACGGGAAACUGUUGUACGCCAUCAAACAGGUGAGCGGGAUCAACGCGUCGCUGAGCAGGAAGCGCGAGCAGCGCGUCCUGCUCAUGGUGGUGAUCAUGGUGAUCUGCUACCUGCUCUGCUGGAUGCCGUACGGGAUCAUGGCGCUGUUGGCCACCUUCGGGCCGCCCGGCCUGGUCACGCCCGAGGCGAGCAUCAUCCCCUCGGUCCUGGCCAAGACGAGCACCGUCAUCAACCCGGUCAUCUACGUCUUCAUGAAUAAACAGUUUUACAGAUGUUUCCGAGCCCUGCUGCACUGUGCCGCUCCUCGCAGAGGCUCCAGCUUGAAGAGCUCUUCCAAGGCCGGUACCAAAGCUGUGAAGGGAGUGGCGGUGACCGGCCCCCGCCGGACCGACGACUUGUUGUUUAUGGUCGCCUCUCUGGGCCAGCCGGCUGCCACUGUACCCCAGCUGGGCCCGUCCUGUGAACCGACCAUUGACUUCACCAAAGCCCCGUCGUCUUACAACCAACCUGUGGUUGUGGUUUCACUGGUGGCCCACUCUGAGGGCUGACACUUUGCUAUUGCCGUGAAAACGUCAAAUCGCUGUCCUGGAAAUCAUUAACAAUGUUGUAGGGCUGCUGACAUCAUCUCUGCCUCGGCCUGCCUGGUGGUAGACUGGUAACAAAUGGAAACCAUGAAAUGCCUCUGGACAACGUGAGCAAAAACCCACUGCAGUGAACACACAGAACCUUUGAGGCCUUUGUUUAUCUGCAGAACAUUUGACUUUUCAACUUUUCUUUCAAAGAAACAUACAAAAAAAGGAGAAUUAUCUGGUCCAUUCAAAGAGCCUUAUGUGUUUUGAAGCUGAACAUUGACUGAGGUAUAUUUUUUGAUUGAUUUGUUACUAACAGCACAAGAAGAACCUGGGCAGUUUAUGACCCAAAGUAUUUUAAAGUUUUGUUACUCAGAGGUAAAGUUUUGACAAAAUGUUUGAGCACAAGAAAAAUACUGUACAAAUUAUUUUAGACCUCUAAUUAUUUAAAGCUUUUAACCUGCUGCAAUUUCGCGGAAGGACUUCAACCUGCAUCAAAGCACCUGGUUCUAAAUAGGGACUUGCUCUAUAUGUAGCACUGCUGAUGUAGCAUGCUAACGACAUUAAAGUUCCUCCGGUGCAACAUGGCUUUGAGUGCCGUCUGCGCAUGGACACUGUUACUAGGAGGAAUGGUAGAGCAAGGUUUAGGAAUGACGAGAAGAAUCUCAAUAGCUUCACGUAGUAAUCUAUCCCCAAGCUUGCUUUUUAAAAUCAUUAAAUAAGGGUUAGGAUUAGCAAAACAAUUUGUUAGGCUCUCAAAUUGAUUGUUUGAAUGAGUCAUGUGAUCUAAUCUCAGAUAAACAGGAGAGAACAGA